CUGAACACUGUCCUGGGUGUGCCUAGAGGGAAAGAAACAAUGACUGCAAUCAAUCAACAAACAGGAGACUCCCCAACCAACUAUAACCUAAUGAACUAUGCUCACAGCCUGAACUAAACUGAUGAAAAUGAUGAACAAUGUCACAGAAUUCAUCCUCCUGGGCUUGACUCAAGACCCAGAUCUGCGGAAACUCUUAUUCAUUGUGUGCUUAGUAAUCUAUUUGAUCACACUGGCAGGUAACAUACUCAUCUCAGUCACCAUCUUCAUCAGCCCAGUCCUGGCUAAGCCCAUGUACUUUUUUCUCUCCUAUUUGUCCAUCACAGAUGGUUUGUACUCUUCUUCCAUAGCACCCAAAAUGAUCUAUGACUUGAUAUCUGAGAAGAGUAGUAUAUCCUUCAAUGGCUGCAUGACUCAGCUUUUUGCUGAGCAUUUUUUUGCAGGAGCUGAAGUCAUCUUGCUGAUUUCCAUGGCCUAUGAUCGCUAUGUAGCCAUCUGCAAGCCCUUGCACUACAUGACCAUCAUGAACCAACCUAUGUGUAUUUCUUUGGUGGUAACAGCUGGAAUUGUUGGAUUAGUUCAUGGAAUGAUACAGACUACAUUUAUAGCCCAAUUACCCUUCUGUGGCCCCAAUACCAUUAAUCACUUUAUAUGUGAUUUAAUACCACUCCUGGAGUUGGCCUGCACUGACACUCAUACUCUAGGGCCCCUGAUUGCUGCCAACAGUGGGUCAAUGUGCUUACUCAUUUUCUCUAUGCUUAUUGUUUCCUAUGUAGUUAUCCUUUACUCCUUGAGGAACCACAGUUCAGAAGGACGUCAGAAGGCCUUGUCUACCUGUAUCUCUCAUGUCACUGUUGUUGUCUUAUUCUUUGUACCUUGCUCAUACUUGUAUGUAAGACCAAUGACCUCCUUCCCCAUAGACAAAAUUGUGAGUGUGUUUUAUACCCUUGUGACACCUCUGUUGAACCCUUUAAUCUAUACCCUUAGAAAUGAGGAGGUCAAGAAGGUUAUUAAGACACUCCUGUGUCAAAUAAGGUUAAAUACUGGUUAAAGAAGUUCAGUGAUUUUCCAUAUUUAGACAGUAAUCUAGUGAUACUUCAUAUGGAUUUCUCAUCCCUAAGUGAUUGCAAUUGACAAUUUCUAUUAUACUCUGCAUCAGAAUUAACACAUGAAUGAUUUUUGUACAAUGCAAUAGGAACAAUGCAUGUUACUAAACAACACAUGUUGAAAAUGUGUAUGAACACAUCAGAAUG